AUGUGGCCUCUUGGCGAGAAAACUGACGCAGCUGCUCACGAAAAAGAUCUUGCAUAUGUGUCUGUAAGUACCCAUCUAUCCAUCUCCUUGUCUCCGUGUGAAUCUAUCUAUCUAUCUAUCUAUCUAUCUAUCUAUCUAUCUAUCUAUCUCAAUAAAUUAACCUCAUCUUCUUUUUGUCUUUUUCUUUCAUUUCUCUCUGUUUUACUUUCUUUUUUGUUUAUUUUGUUUUGUUUUUUCUUUCUUUCUUUCUUUCUUUCUUUCUUUCUUUCUUUUUAUUUCUUUCAUCCUCUUCGUUUUUAUUUUGCUUUGUCUUUUUCUUUGUUUUUCUUUGAUUCUUUUGUCAUUUUCGUUUUCUUUCUUUCUUUCUUUCUUUCUUUCUUUCUUUCUUUCUUUCUUUCUUUCUUUCCUUCUUUCCUUCUUUCUUUCUUUCUUUCUUUCUUUUCUGCCCUCCUCCCGUCCUUUUUUAUUUCUUUCUUUAUCACCUUUUCUCCUCCGAUCAAGUACCUUAUUAUCAUUAUCUUUCUUUCUUUCUUUCUUUCUUUCUUUCUUUUCUGCCCUCCUCCCGUCCUUUUUUCUUUCUUUCUUUAUCACCUUUUCUCCUCCGAUCAAGUACCUUAUUAUCAUUAUCUUUCUUUCUUUCUUUCUUUCUUUCUUUCUUUCUUUCUUUCUUUCUUUCUGCCCUCCUCCCGUCCUUUUUUAUUUCUUUCUUUAUCACCUUUUCUCCUCCGAUCAAGUGCCUUAUUAUCAUUUUCUUUCUUUCUUUCUUUCUUUCUUUCUUUCUUUCUUUCUUUCUUUUCUGCCCUCCUCCCGACCUUUUUUAUUUCUUUCUUUAUCACCUUUUCUCCUCCGAUCAAGUGUCUUAUUAUCAUUAUCUUUCUUUCUUUCUUUCUUUCUUUCUUUCUUUCUUUCUUUCUUUCUUUCUUUCAAUUAAUUUAA